GCCAGCCGAUCAGCUGUUCGUGGAGCCUGAGAUUUAUCUGCUAGAUUUUUAAUUGCCGGUUUUUAAUUAAACUGCGCGGCGGCAUGUACAACUCGGCCAAGCAGCUGCAGCGCGUGCUGACAGCCCGCGAGAUUCGGAAGACCUUCCUGGAUCACUUUACGGGCAGUCAUGGCCACAAAUUCGUCCGCUCCAGCCCUGUGGUUCCCUUUUGCGAUCCCACCGUGGCCUUCGUUAACGCGGGCAUGAAUCAGUUCAAAUCGGUGUUCCUGGGCACAGCGGCGGCACCGCACAAACGGGUGGUUAAUAGCCAAAAGUGCGUCCGUGUGGGUGGCAAGCACAAUGAUCUUUCGGUGGUGGGCACAGAUGGCUAUCAUCACACGUUCUUCGAGAUGCUGGGUAACUGGUCCUUCGGGGAUUAUUUCAAGCGGGAGGCCUGUUCCAUGGCUUUGGAGCUGCUCAGGGGACCCUACAACAUAGAUCCUGGUCGCCUGUAUGUCACCUACUUUGCUGGGGAUAAGCUGCUGGGCAUUCCAGCCGAUCUGGAGUGCUUCGAGAUCUGGAGGAGCCUGGGUUUUCCCGCCUCGCGAAUCCUGCCCUUUGGCUGCGCCGACAACUUCUGGGAAAUGGGAGCCACUGGACCAUGUGGGCCCUGCACUGAAAUCCACAUAGAUCAUCGUCCGGAUUUGGGCAGCGUCGAAGAGCGCGCCAAACUGGUGAAUGCAGGUCGUUCCGAUCUCACAGAGCUGUGGAAUCUGGUCUUCAUACAGUACAAUCGUCAUGCAGAUGGCAGCAUCUCGCAGUUACCCGCCCAUCAUGUGGACACCGGCAUGGGUUUCGAGCGUCUAACGGCUGUGCUGCAGAAUAAAACGUCCAAUUAUGAUACGGAUUUGUUUACACCCAUCUUUGAUGGCAUUCAGCAGGUGGCCAAGUCCCCGGUUUACAGCGGCAGCUUUUCCGAUGGCCAAAAUGCCGCUCUAUUAGACACCAGCUAUAGGAUAUUAGCCGAUCAUGCGCGUAUGGUGACCGCCUGUUUGGCUGAUGGAAUGCUUCCGGAUCAGAAUCAAAAACUGCGUCGCGUGCUGCGAAAGGCGCUCAACAUUUCGGAGCAUGUUUUUGCCCAUGAGAAACUAUUAACCCAACUGGUUCCCAUUGUGGUGGAAACUUUAGGCGAAGCCUAUCCAGAAAUGUCGCUUAAGCAGCAGGCAGUCAUCGAUUUGAUCAACCACGAACAGGAGGUUUACAAGAAUCUGCGAGAGAGUUCUUCCAAGGCUUUUGCCGAGGUGCUCACCGAGUUUCCCAAUCUGGAUGACAUUGAUCUGAUGGAAUGUCCUGGUUUCGUGCCCGCCUACCGAGAGUUCCAAGUGCAGCGCUGCAAGUUUAACAAUAACACCAUACCAGGGGAUUUCCUCUACAAACUGACCGAUACCUAUGGUCUCACCGAAGAGAGCUUCCUUAAGCUGGCCGAAUUGGAGAACAUGAACUGUGAUUUGGAGCGCUACAGGGCGGAGGUCAGUCUGGCCAAGAUCAAAGGCAAGGGCAGCCAAAGAGAAAGUGAAGGAGGAUCUCUAAGUGAUUUGGCCAGUGAACAGCGCAUUGCCGAGGCUCAGGCGCAGCUAACGAAGCGUCUGGCUGCCACCGACAACAGUCACAAAUACGCUUACUCCUUUGACAAGCAAAGUGAUUCAUAUCAGAUACCUCCUCUAAAGACUAAAGUCUUAGGAUUACUCCUAAAUGAUGCGGAAGUCUCACGAACCCAAGGCAGUCGCAUACAGCAGCCCUCCACCGACUUGAUUUCCAUUAUAACUGCUGGCAGCAAUUUCUACUAUGAAUCCGGUGGUCAGCAAUCGGAUGGGGGAAAGAUCUUUGUAGGCAAUCAUCACCAGCUGGAUGUGAUCGGUGUGAAACAUCUCAAUGACUGCGUGGUUCAUGUCUGCAAGUUAUCCACACCUUCAGAUGCCUUUGAGUUGGCAAUUGGCGACGAGGUGGAGCUGCAGGUGGAUGCCCAACAGAGGCAACUCAAUACGUGCCAUCAUACAGCCACCCAUCUGCUAAAUGCCGCCAUUCGUUCGCUUUUUAAGAAGGUCACCUACCAGGUUUCCAGUUCGGUGACCAGCGAUCAGUGCAAAUUGGAGCUGGGAUUGCUAGGCAAGCGCAUCCAAAAGAGCGAUGUGCAGCUCAUUGAGGAUCUAAUCAAUCGCGUCAUUUGCUCCGCCACGCCUGUCCAAGUUGAGUUACUGAGUGCCGCUGAGGUUUUGCAGCAGAAUGACAUCACAAUGGUACCCGGGGAGGUUUAUCCGGAGCAGGGAUUGCGUCUGGUCAACGUGGAGAGCCCUGAGCUGCAACUUAGCUCAAAAGAACUGUGCUGUGGAACUCAUGCCACCAACACCAGUGAGCUUUCCUGCUUCUGCAUUGUCAAUUUAAAGCAGACCAACCGGGCGAGAUUCGCCUUUACCGCUGUGGCUGGCCAGGCGGCGGAAAAUGUGCUAAAGACGGCUGCCCUGCUGCGCCAUCGCGUGGAUCUCCUAGAGAAGCAGUUUCAGACUGACAAACUCACAAAUGCCACGGAGGCGGAACUGCAGACGAUUCGUCACAAUAUGCUGCACACGGACAUUAAGCUGCCAUAUGCGUUUAAGGUGGACACGCUGGAACGCAUCACCGAGAUGCUAAAGAGAAUCAAAGAUUCAUCACGCACAACACUAAAGGAAUUUGUGGAUGUGGAGAUGCGCAACCUGCUGCAGGAGAAACCCCUGGAUACUCACCCCUUUAUCCUGCAUUAUAUCACCAGUUCGGCUCUCGUAGAGGAGAUUCCCCUACAAAGAGCCACCAAACUUUGCCAAGAUCGACCUGUCCUGGUGAUCAGCAUGUGUGAUAGCGUGGUCAAGGCGCGCUGUUGCGUGCCAGCCGACUGCAUCACCCAGCAAUUCAAUGCUUCCGCUUGGCUGCAGUCCUUCGCCGACACUUUUGGUGGCCAGAUAGCUGCUCCCAAGGGUCAGAAUCCGCUGGCCGUGUGCAACAUGAAGGGUCGGCGGGUGAGCAAUCUGUUCGAGGAGCAGCUGGAGCAGGCCAUGUCGAAGGCACACGCGUACGCUAAGCUUUAUCUGUAGGUCUUUGUGAUUACCCUCCAAAAUGUGCUAGCUGUAAGCUUGCCCAAAUAAAUCGCGGAAUUAUUAAG